CAUCGACGUGUAUUCAUUUAGCUUGUCAACCGAUAAACAGCCAGGAAGGCGUUAUAUUUCGGACAUUCGAGGAGUAGGUAUCUCAAGUCACAAUGGUGACUAAACAGUCCCUCCUAGUCAUCUGGAUCUUCACCGGAUGUCUUUCAACAACCUGUACCUUUGACAUCUUUGAUGAGAAGACGAACCUGAUAAGCCUCAUUCGGGCAUCGGCCUCCUUGGACCCUAACACGGAAACAAUUGGCUACGGAAAUGGAACAGUAUACGUCCGCUUCCCUGGAAAUCCAAUGCAGAGGAUCUUCUAUUUCGAAGGGUUCAACAUCGCUAGAAAGGUUAAAACGGAGAAAGGAUUCAAUUCAAUGUCCAGAGAGGUGUUUGUGUACCGCGACCUGGAAACUGCUGAGAUAUUAAGCGUCUGGAUGAAUCCGUUCACAAAGACAGCCAAUGAGGUGUUCAACGUCGCUAACGACCCCAUUGAUACGCCACAGAACUAUGGCGGCGACAGAAAAACCAUCCUCAUCCCACCCGAGCGAGUUCAGCUUCAACGAGGACGUCUUCCUCCAAUUUCCAAAUGUCCUUGACCCGAAAGAUUAUCCCAAAUUUUCAUCCGGACCAGUCUACCAGGGGGAUGAGCUGUUCGAGUACUACACGAAUCUUACAGAGUUGGCCACAUCAAACGCAUCCUCGAUCCAAAUGAUGGGUUCCUGGUGCAGAAGAGGAGAGUUCCUGCCUUGGAUGGAGAUGGGCGACACUCCAGGAUGGUUGUACUACCACCAAACCUUCUGGAAACUGGUCAACGGGUUUGACGACGUGGCACCUGACCUCGUGAAGUACGUGAAAGAAUAUUAUCCUCAGUACCUGCAUGCGCCUACUACAUUCAGGAACAAAAUGGUGACGAGUUGGGAUGUGUUCAAGAAGGCGAUUGACGCUCGUCGGGCUAAGGGUGACCCCGAUAUCAUCAUCCCUCAGUUGGACAUAGAGUCAAAUCUUAAAUCAAAACGAAACUCACUUGACCCCAAGAUUGUGGACGCUGCUCUGAAACGAGGACACUUCAGAGUAUAUUUCAAUGGCAGCGUGUACUCUGAGAUUACAGGAAACGGAUCUGUAAAUUUGUUUAACUUUGAUGGACAUGUUCUGAUAAAGUUUUUAGGCCUUGGUGUUGAUUCUUACAAGGUUGAAGUUGAGAUCAAUGGCCUAUAUCAUGAUCCAAUCACGGGAAAAGUUCUGCACUACUUCGAUAAUCCGAUCGUUGGCAAAACUCAAAAGGUUAAACACUUCUUUUACAAUGUAAUGGCAGAGGUACCCGUAUCUUCAGCUUUCUCAUACCCGCUCAAAGGGAUGGAUCUCCAGACGGUGUUGUAUCACGAGUCGUACAGUGUUGUACACCCGGACACCCUGACAGAGGACUGGGCUAUCAACAUGGUCAGUCUGUUUAUUGAAGAUGCCCAGCUGGACCAGGACUCCCCCUAUUUCUAUGGGACAUGGGUUCGCUUCACCAGCUGGUUGUCCUGGUUUGACAUGGACAGCAUCCCAGGGAACAUGGUGUGGAGGAUGAACUUCUACCAGACCGUGGAUGACCCUACUCAUAUUUAAUAGUUGUGUUGGUACAACAGGACAGUGUUUGUUGUACUUUGUCCAGACAUAAUAUGACCCCGAUCCGUGUAGGUUAGAUGUGUUGGUGCAGCAGGACAAGAUCUGGAGGGUGUAUUUCUUCAGGAAAAUAUAUGACCCGAGCCGCGUAGGACAGGCUAGUGAGAUAUUAUGGAGGGUUUACGUCUCCAAUAAGAGGUGGCUCAAGUCGUGUAGGAUAGUUUCUAGGUAAGUCAUGAUAAGGUAUAAAGAAUGUACUUCUACCAGAAGUGAGCGCGGUAGUUUAGGAUAGUUUCUUGGUAAGUCAUGA